UUAAACGCUCUCAAACAAAAGAAAUUGAAAUGGGGAGAGGUAAGAUAGAGAUAAAGAGGAUCGAGAAUGCAAAUAGUAGGCAAGUUACCUUCUCUAAAAGGCGAGCAGGAUUGCUUAAGAAGGCUCAAGAAUUGGCCAUUCUUUGUGAUGCUGAGGUGGCUGUUAUUAUCUUCUCUAAUACUGGGAAGCUUUUUGAGUUUUCAAGUUCUGGCAUGAAGAAAACACUUUCAAGAUAUAACAAGUGUCUGAAUUUUCCAGAGAUUGCUGUAGCAGAAUACAAAUCAGAGAAGCAAGAUACUAAGGAGGUUGAUGUUCUAAAAGAUGAAAUUGCAAAGCUACAAGUAAAGCAGUUGCAACUUAUGGGCAAGGACCUGAAUGGCCUGAGCUUAAAGGACUUGCAGCUUCUUGAACAGGAAUUACAUGAGGGGCUGCUAUUAGUGAAGGAGAAAAAGGAGCAAUUACUGGUGGAGCAACUGGAGCAAUCAAGAGUACAGGAACAGCGGGCGAUGCUGGAGAAUGAAACUUUGCGCAGACAGGUUGAGGAGCUUCGAGGUUUCUUUUUAUCUACUGAUCACUGCUCAUCAGUCCCACCGUAUCUUGAGUACUAUCCUUCAGGAGGAAAGAAUUCUCUUAUGAACCAUAGUUCUGCAAGUCCUGAAGUGGCCUCUGAUAUCGUGAUGGAAAAGGGAGAUUCAGACACUACCCUGCAUUUAGGGCUGCCAAGCAAUAAUUACCGCAAGAGGAAGACACCUCAAGGAGAAACCAAUUCCAAUGACUCAAGGAGCCAACUGGGCCAACUGUGACCCCUUGCCAAUUGCCAUUACUUUUGAUAGAAACAACAGAAAUGAAAUGUUUUUGUUACAGUUGCUUAUAGCUUAGCAGUUUUUCUGAAUCAUCAAAGCUGGGUUUAUAUGAGUUUAUUGAAUCUAAUAUUUCAGAGGAUGUGAUGAAAAAUCUUGUAGUUACUCUUUACUUUUUUCCAAAGUAAUGA